CUGCUGUUAUUAAAGAGACUGGCGAAGAACAUGGAAAAUGGAGAUCACACCUGUGUCGUCAUGAGAGACCAUACAUGUGCAAAAGAGCCCUGAACACAAUUUGUCCCCCUGGAUGGAACAGUUUCUCUGGUAACUGCUACUGGUUUGUGAGCAAUCCCAAUCUUCUGACCACCUGGUAUGAAGCUCAGAGAAAGUGCUUUAACCUGGGAGCUCUUUUGCUAACAAUCAAAAGUGAACAGGAGCAGUUUUAUAUCAACGGUUUUCUGCCAGAUCUGCAACAGGUGGAGGUGCCCGACAUUUGGAUCGGAUUAUCGGAUAAGGAGACAGAUGGCACUUUCCAAUGGGAGGACAAAAAACCAGUCACCUUCCAGAACUGGGCUCCAUCUCAUCCACACAAUACUGCAAACAUGUGGGACUGUGGGCAGAUUUACACCGGAGAUGUUGAAGGAAAGUGGGAAACAACGAGCUGCUUCAGGAACUUGGGAUAUGUCUGCAAAAUGGCUGGAGGCCAUAACAUCAGACCCACCUCAGCCCCAGGGUCGUUCUGUGACACAGGGUAUGUUCUGUUCAAUGAGACAUGUUACCACUUUGAAAGUGAUUUUGUCAAGAACUGGGGAGAAGCUCAAAAGCACUGCAGGGAUGAGAAUGGAGAUUUGGCCAGCUUCCAAAAUCAAGAAACGUUGAGCUUUCUGACUGCGCACAUGUCGAGCUCCUCGUGGGUGGGCCUCAACAAUCUCAACAGCGACAAUCAUUUUGUGUGGUCAGACGGCACUCCAGCGACUUUUAUUCCAUGGGGCCCUGGGCAGCCCGAUAACUGGCAUAAUAAUGAGCACUGCGGGCAAAUGCUAGGCCCUGAAGCUUUUACCCCCGGAUACAUGAACGACCUAAACUGUGCUUCUGGCUAUUCAUUUAUAUGCAAAAAAGGGAAAGGUCAAGGACCACAUCCAACCCCUCCGACAAAUGGCCCAGGGUGGACUGAAAAGUGCGGCUCGUGGGUGUCCAACCCGUUCAAUGAGUUCUGUUACCUGUUCCAGUCGCUUUCGAUGAAGACCUGGGCUGACGCUCGAAGCGACUGCCUGAACCAGAGGGGUGACCUGGUCAGCAUCACAGAGCCCUAUGAGCAGGCAUUCAUCCAAGAUCAGAUUGCAUCGGUCCCAACUGGGGCUUACUUGUGGAUGGGUGGCCACGAUUCUGUGGUUGAGGGGGGCUGGGAAUGGGCUGACAACUCCCCCUUUCGCUACAUCAAUUGGUACGCAGGUAAUCCAGAUGACUACUACGGAGAGGACUGUCUUGACAUUCGAAUAAGAGAUGGGUACUGGAAUGAUGACAACUGCCAGCAUUUGAGGGGAUAUAUUUGUAAACGGCGAGGGAAUAUGCCUCCUGAAGAACACCCACAUGAAGGAUACACAACUGUCCACAUCUGUGAGGGCACCAUUGCCGGAAUCACAUGUCCACACGACAGUGUUAUCAGUGUCCAGGCUGCUAUGUUUGGAAGGAAAAGUGAUAAGAUCUGUCCCUUGGGUUCAGGAGCAUCAAAAACGUGCAUGGUGGAAGGCACUUUGCCUUUGAUCCGGAAAUAUUGUGACAAUCGCAAUUUUUGCAUUCUGUAUGCCUACGCUGAGAAUGACCCCUGCCCUGAAGUAUCGAAAUACCUAGAAGUGGUGUACACCUGUGAGCAAAAUGUGUGCGUGAGAGGACUGGGAAUGGAAGAUGGCACAAUCCCCAGCACGCGACUCUCGGCCUCCUCGUCCUCCAGUAAUCACAGCCCAGACAGUGCCCGCCUGAACGGAAACUCCUGCUGGAUGCCCUCCAGUCCCGCUAAUUCAUGGAUCCAGGUUGAUCUUGGAGAGACUAAGAAGGUGACAGGCAUCGUAAUUCAAGGCUGCCCAGAUGCUGAUCACUGGGUCACAUCAUUCAAGGUGCAAAGCAGCAUGGAUGGCAGGACCUGGCGAGACUAUGUGAAUGAUGGAAAGGGGUUUCCUGGAAGUGUUGACAGCACUACAAAGGAGACACAGCUCUUUGGCACGCCUCUCUCCGUUCAGUACAUCCGGGUCCUGCCGCUGUCCAGCAACACACUGCCUGGACUUCGCAUGGAGCUACUGGGAUGCAAAUCAAACUAUACCGUGACCUGUGGAUCAGUCCCUGCAUAUAGCUUCAUCAGCGAUAGAAAACUGGUCCACUGUCCUGCUGGUUGUGCAUCAGAGCCUUACAAUGUCUUUGGUUCUGGAGUAUACAGAGGUGACUCCAACAUCUGUGCAGCCGCGAUACAUGCGGGAGUGAUCCUCAAUGAGCGCGGGGGAGACUGCACAAUGCUGAGACAGCCAGGACUUUCUCUGUAUCCCGGGAGCAGCAGGAAUGGGAUCACGACCAAACAGUAUAAUGGCAACUUCCCCUACUCCUACAGUUUUGCUGAUGGUGAAAUGAGAUGUGCUGGGCCAGAUUGGCAUGAAUUUGGAGAUUUCUGCUACAAACCGUUCGUUAACGAACUGACCUGGCAGAACGCCCACGAUAGGUGUAAGGCAAUUGGAGCCGAUCUAGUAUCAAUCAUGUCCCUAACAGAGCAGAGCUGGCUGGAGAGUUACCUCUAUUUGGCCACCGGUGAUGUGUGGAUUGGCUUGAAUGACCGCAAGAUAAAUAACUUCUUCACCUGGUCCGACGAUCACCCAGUGAAGUUCACCUACUGGGCAGUUGGGGAGCCCAGCAGCGAAAAUGUGAACUCUGAGCACUGUGUGAAGAUGCUGCGUCAGAGUGGGAGGUGGGCUGAUGUGUCCUGCUCUGAAUUCAAUACCUACAUUUGUAAGAAAGCCAAAGAUCAUUACCCAGCUCCUUCCAUUCCCCCAGCUGUAUAUGGCUGCCAAGAGGGAUGGGAUGCCUAUGGCUACUCUUGCUACUGGUAUGAAGAAGUCCCUAGGAGAUGGUCAGAGGCCAAGAACUUCUGCCACGGCAAAAACAGUAAUCUGCUUCACAUCAUGGACAUAUAUGAGCAGUCCCAUUUCACUGUCAAACUGGCGGGCCUCUCCGGUUUCUGGUGGAUUGGAUUGAGAGCCAGAGGAAACACUACAGGAGGUGUGGAUUAUAUCUGGGAGAGCGGGGCACCAGUGACCUUCACACACUGGGACAGGGGGCAGCCAGGCUAUCAGUGGAGUGAUGGCUCUCCCCUGGGCUACACUAACUGGGGCCCUGGAGAGCCCAACGACCACCAGGGCCGGGAGGACUGCGUGGAGAUGGUCAGCUCCUCCAACGCCACCUCCUGGUGGAACGACCUGAACUGCGACGCUGUCCACAACUGGAUCUGCGUCAUCCCCAAAGGCCGGAAGCCCGAAAGCCCCCCCACGCCGCCACCUCACCAGCCAGCCCCUGAGUGUGGCCCUAAUCCCAAUUGGAUAAGGAGGCCAAAUACUGAUAUCUGCUACUUGUACAAUGACACCCACCACACUGACUUCUACACUGCGUUAGUGGACUGCUACGAACAGGGGGCGCUGCUGGUAUCGAUUGCGGACAAAGAAGAACAGAGCUAUCUAACUAGUGUGGUGGGAACAGGGAAAGCUGACAGUGCCUGGAUUGGACUGAAAGUACUUGGUAUUGCUGGGGAAGAAUACAUGUGGGUGGACUUUUCACCAGUAACUUUUGUCAACUGGGCCAAAGAUGAACCUAAUAAUGCUAACGGAGAAGAACAGUGUGUCCAAAUGAAAAGACAUCCAGGCACCUGGAAUGAUAUGAACUGCGGCAUGCCAGCUGGUGGGUAUGUCUGUAAGAAAUAUGUUGGAAGCCAUCACACACCACCACCUCCAACCCCAGCCUGGCCAGGACACUGCCCGGAGGGGUGGCUGCUCUUCGGAAACAAAUGCUUCCUGUUUAGAGGAAAGCUCCAUGGUGAGGAUGCGCUGAAAGCCAACUGGACCUUUGCUCGCGACUGGUGUAGAGCACAGAAAGGAGACUUGGCAGUCAUUAGUGACCAGUAUGAAAACGACUUUGUGGCCAGUUACCUCCUGGAUAUCGAGAUGUCAGUUUGGAUUGGCUUCUCCGACCUUCAUCACGAGGGCAAGUUCACCUGGUGUGAUGGCAGUCAGGUGACCUACACUAACUGGGCCGGUGGCGAACCCAAUAACAAUGGCGAGAAAGGGGAGCACUGUACCAUGAUGAACCACAACUCGCUGGUGACAGGCCACUGGGUAGAUUCGGAAUGCCAUCUACACGGGGGAUUCGUCUGUUACAUGCGGAAAUCAAGCAGCAUACCUGAACCCCCAGCUCCCAUGAACCCUUGCCCCGCGGGGUACACUAAGUGGAGAAACAACUGCUACAAGCUGGUGGCGGAGCCGAAGAGCUGGGGCAUGGCCCAGGCUGCCUGUGAGGCGGAGCAGGGGAACUUGGCCAGCAUUGACCAGAGCUACGACCAGGCCUUCGUGGCUGGGGCUGUGCUCAGAGGGCGAGGGGAUGCCUGGAUUGGACUCAGUCGCCAGGGGAACAGCACAUACACCUGGACUGAUGGGUGGCCAGUGUUCUUCACACACUGGGGCCCUGGGGAACCCACCAAUCACGAGGGAGACGGCUGUGUCACCAUGAGUGGCUCCUAUUUCUUCCACGGCAGGUGGAAUGACACCGACUGCAACAUCGCGCAACCUUACAUUUGCAAAAUAUCCUCAGAGAAGCCUCCACCAACUCCCGCCCCUGGCGGUGGUAAAUGUCACCUUGGCUGGCACAGUUACGGGCGCUACUGCUAUUGGGUCGACAGUCAAGAGAAAGGGCAAUCCUGGCCAAACGCCAGACAUGUAUGCCAACAGAUGCAUGCAGAGCUGGCCUCUAUCCACAGCAGGGCAGAAGUGGAGUUCCUAAUGAAGCUGAAUUUCACCAAGUAUCACAACCUCUGGAUCGGACUCACCAAGGACAGCUCAUAUGGCUGGGCCUGGACAGACAUGUCACCUCUGGGUUUUAUUAACUGGGCCCCCGGCGAACCCAACGAGCUGUUCCACCCUGGGGGAGGCGGCGUGGAGCAGUGCGUGGAGAUGAACAUAGAGGACGGGAGAUGGAACGACAACAACUGCCUGCAGGAGAGAGGCUUCGUGUGCCGCAGCCUCCAGAAUUUUACUACAGACGGCAAUAGACCUACACAUUCACCCAGCAGCAAUGAUGCAGGAGUAGUCACAGCUGUGGUCAUUGCUGUGAUUCUAGGCAUUGCUCUGAUAGCUGGCAUCCUGUUCUACGUCUUCAAAAUCAAGGGGGUUCAUCUGUCAUUUCCACAUGUCAGCGGCGAGCCCUCUUUUGGCAAUCCUAAUUUCGACAGAUAGAUAACAGGAUUGAGGCUUCCUGGCCACCUGCCUGCAGAAACCCACUGUAAAUUAACAGCAAGGUUACAGUGUUUUGAAACAAAUGACCAAUGAUCAAGGCAUCACAGUAACAUCAUAGAUGCAAGACGCCUUAAUGAUUUGUUUUACACCGACUGUCACUAUAUUGCCCCACUUAAAAAGAUGAUUUAACGGAUGUGAAUUAAAUAUUGAAUUUUUUUAAGCUUUAAGUGAAUAUGCAGCUGUAACUGGGAUAACUUUUUCUACUGCCUAUUGAUAGAGUGCCUUAGUCCGGUGUAUCUACUGUAUUCCUAGUGAAUUGUUUCAGAUAAAGUAUAAACUGUUAAGUAUCAAAAAAUCUUUUGUGAUAAUAAAUUAAUACAUAUUG